CCAAGAUCUCGGUGUAUCCGACGUGGCUGAGUAUGGAGUGCAUAUGUUCGCCGUUGAGGAGUUUCCUAAUGUUCACAGCAAUUGGCUUUGUGUUGAUUGCAUUAUAUUCUUUAAAUGUUGGUAAUCCUGCAGUGAGGAUGCGUAUGCCUUCGCGUAUGCCUUCGCGUAUGCCUUCGCGUAUGCCUGACAGGGGACCUGCAAUUCAAGACACCGUGUCACAGCAAGUGUCGGAUGCAAGGGAGAUGACAGACAUGUCACCUGCAGUGUCCACAUCUCCGUCUUCGUUAGCCGACUUGAACAAUGAUGAAAUGACCAAGUAUCCUGGUUUGAGAACGUCCAUGAAGGUUCUCCCAUCCGAAGCAGCUUCUUCUCGGACCAAACUCCUCAUUGUGACGUACAUGCGCAGUGGCUCAUCUCUCACCGGGAAUAUAGUUCAGUUUGAUCCGAAUGUGUUCUACGUGUUUGAACCCCUUCACGAACUGAAAUGGUACAAGUGGGGAGAGAACAUAAAUAUUCAAUACCUCAAGUCAAGGCCAAAUGUCAUGACGAAAUCUAAAUACACCAGGAUUUCAGAGAAAACCAUUCGGGACAUUUUCCGUUGUAAUUUUCUGGAACUCGAUAUUGCCACUCUGACCCAAUAUCACAUGCAAUCAAGUGCCAGCACUAAAUCCUACCACGAUUGCUUGCUAAGAUACCCCGGGGCCCUUAAUCUGUUCAAGUGCAUUCCAAUUCUCAACAAGCGGUGCAUGGCCUCUAAGGUGGGAGUCAUAAAAACUAUUGAAUUCCCCAUAACUUCUGCCAAGUACCUUGCUACCAAAGACAAAUCUCUAAAGGUGCUACACCUCAUUCGAGACCCAAGAGCAACAUUACUUUCGCAAGUUGUACACAACCGCUUCCCAUGGGAAAAGAUUGAGGAGGAAUCGUUAAAGCAUUGUAACAAAGUAUCAGAAGACCUUCGAGUGACAAGACAAUGGUUAAUGACGUCGCCAACGAGUAUCAAAAUAUUGUUUUAUGAAGAUCUGUGCCAGAAUCCUUCAACAGAGGCAAAAGAAUUAUAUAAGUUUGUGGGUCUGAAUUACACUGAAGACACGGAGAGUAGUGUGAGAAAAUUAACCUCAGCGUCAAAAGAUGGAAGAUGUCUAAUUUGUACAGUUCGGAAAAGCUCAAGAAAGGCGUCAGAAAAAUGGCGGGGACACAUAAAUAUGCGGCACGUUAAGAUUAUUGACAGGAAUUGCCGCGACGUCUACAAGAAACUUGGGUAUCUUCCAGUGGAGAAUGUUGACAUCCUGCGUAAUGUAUCACACCCACUGCGUAUCAUUACGCAUGUCUAGCAGUAGGACACCGGGUGCACUGGACAAUCUGGUUGAGUGUGUAACAGAGACCAGUGAAACCUAAAACUACCCGCAAGGCUGUAUACCAAGAAGGAUGACUUCAGCUUUCAAAUAGUCAGUUGUAUAAAACCUUAUAUCAAGCAUUAUUCAAACAGCUGCAGGUUUUUGUUUCAGCAUUUUACAAAUUUUGAGGAACAAUCGAGCAUGUUUUUUCCACAGUGAUUUCAAAGAGCGUCAUACGAUUCUUGCUAACAAACAUUCAAGGCCUUAGUAAAGCAUUUUUUGUAUGGUAGACAUGUGGAGGAUAUUUUCAAUAUUUGACAGAUCAGUGACUAGAAAGAUGUUCAGGUGAACAUAUGACAUGCCAAUAAAUGUUUUUGUGACGGAUGCCUAUUGUAGGGCAGGUUAAGCUCACCUAUACGCGCAUUCGUCACCACUCGCCCCUUUCCGUAACCUACAAGAAGACUCGUCCCCCUAUCGAUGAAUGUUAUGUGCGAAAA